AUGUAUGUCCUUUUCCUUUUGCUAUACUCUCCCUUCUGUAGCAGGAAAAACAUCACUACCCGCACUGACCGCUCUCUCUCAUUCCUUCACCUCAAUCUUCUGCGACACCAAACGAAUGCUCAACAGUUCCGCGACAAACAUCUCUCCAUUCUUGCGCAAAACGCAUACGCUCUAGCCAAACGCGUCCAUAAACUCGAAGCCGCAAAUGCCACCCAAAGCCAAGAGAACCGAGCCCAGGAAGCCGAAAAUGGAAAAUUGCGCACUGAGCUUGCAGCUCUCCGUGCGCAGAACGCCCGCCUCAACCAGACGAGUCACCCUACACACCUCGCUGCUACCUUGCAACCAUCUCGGCCAUCCCACCGCCCGUCAUCUUCAGUUCUCGGCGGUUCGUCCACGCAUGUGGAUGCAACUCGCACAAACGACUCUCUUCGCAACCCCAUUCGACAAAGGCAAUCACACGGCGAUCCUCCCACGAUGCCAGACUCUACCCUCGAGUCCACCCAAUACGGCGUCCAACAGGCAAGUCCAAGUCGUUUCACAAAUAUCCUCCACGGCGUUCGAACUCGUGACCAGCCAGGGUCCAUCGCGAAGCUGCCGCGUCGUCAUCUAGAAAUCGAGCGGGGCAACACCCGGCAGGCAGUGGCUAGCUCUCUCAACGCUGCAGCGGUUAGGCAAUCGAAGCGCAGAAGGGAAGGUAGGCCAACCCCACCUGCUCUAACGCUGAAACGCUCUCGUCGAAUUCCACCGCCCGCACUCGUUCCAAAGCGCGCCUCUCGCGCACAGCCGUCCGUGGUUGCCGCUAGUCGGGCGCAAAGAAGCGCGCCUCGUUUUACGUCUUCGAAACCAACAGCAACUGCAGAGCUAUCAAGAUUUGCGCGAGGUGCUGGAUCAAAUUCCAUUAGGGGGAACCUCUUGAGAGGCACGAGCACGCAACAGCCCGGAGAUUGGCAGCGGAGAGUCUCCAGCGUUCCACGCCCCUCAGCUACACCCGAUAGACUGGGAAAGAAUGCACAAAGGCGAAACCGACAUGGUAGCAAUCCAUUGGCGAGGUGGUAG